UUUAUACAGGACUUUCAUAGACAACUCAACCAGGGUCCUUCCUAUUCUACGUAUACCUUGCACAGUUAGGAAGCGUAAUAUCUUAUUUUUACCGGCUGGAAACUUAUUUGUGUUUGAAUAUCAAAAUGCUUUCGAUAUUUGAGUCAGUUCCUACAUACAUGGACUACAAGGGACAAAAACUUGCUGAACAGAUUUUCCAAGGAAUCAUGCUCGUCUCUGCGGUAAUCGGAUUUAUUUAUGGGAUGAUCAUCCAACAGUUUGGAUGGACUGUUUAUAUAGUAUUGGCUGGGUUCAUUGGCUCUUGUUUGCUUACCCUUCCUCCCUGGCCAAUGUAUCGGAAAAACCCAUUGACAUGGCUUCCUGCGCUUCCGGACUCUUCUGGUGACACACGAGAAAAAGCACCCGAGAAUCAGAAGAAACCAAGGAAGCACAAGUAGAGCGUUAUUGUGUAUCCAUUUAAAAUGACCAUAUUGAUUUUGUGAACUUUUUAUAGAAACUGUCAUCUUUGAAAUACCCAUCGAAGCCUGUCUGUAUCUAAUAAACAUAAUUUCAAUUCACAAUAAAGUGUUAAUUUCCCCUGAUCUAAAA